AUGUCCCAAGCGCGAGAACAGGAGCCUGUCGAGUUGACGAUGUCUGCAGAGGAAAGUGCACAACGGAGAAUCCGCCCUGUCGCAGUCGAGGACGAGGGCCGAGGCGGCGCGGACAACGAUGUAACACCAGCUCCCACAACCGCGUUUUCUUCUGUCCCACGCGUCGCGACGAUGUCCCACGAGAGAGGUGCCAGGCCACCGACCCAAACCAACACGGUUCAAGACAGCGCGAGACUUUUCGCCGGAGGAACGAGCGCAAGGCUGGUCUGCAGACGCCCCGCGCGUUUUCGCGCCCCUUUUUGAAGAGAAGUUUGUACGCAGACAUCUGCUCUCCCAAGUUCGCUCUCCUCCAUCACGAAAGACUCGCACACACCUCGAGUCACCAGCGGACAAACACGAAGCGGCAGGCGAGACACCUGCCCAGCUGUGGCACCACCGGAGUCCGCACAAGCUGCAGAGAAGAGGAGGUCUGCGUUCAGCGCGGCUCUGGAUUCCUGCUUCUCUGUCGAGAAAUGCAGCUCUUUUCACACAGUCACAAAAAUGCAGAAACCGGUCUGUCUUCCGAUGCGCU